AUGGCGGAAACCUGCAGUCGAAAACUGACCGUGGAGGUUUGCAAUGCCAAGAACCUGAUGCCCAAGGACGGCCAGGGUACGGCCAGCGCCUACGCCAUCGUCGACUUCGACGGCCAGCGCCGCCGGACCAGGACCAUCCUCCGGGAUCUCAACCCUCAGUGGGACGAGAAGCUCGAGUUCUCCGUCCUCGACUCCGCCGCCAUGGCCGACGAGAUGCUGGAGCUCAACCUCUACAACGACAAGAAGACCGGAAAACGCAGCACCUUUCUCGGGAAGGUCAAGAUCUCGGGGAGCACCUUCGUGAAAUCCGGCGACGACGUGCCGCUGGUCUACUACCCGCUCGAGAAAAGGAGCGUUUUCUCUCAGAUCAAGGGCGAGAUCGGACUUAAGGUCUGGUACACCGACGAGGAGCCCCCGCCGGCGCCGGCUCCGGAGAAGAACGACGCUCCUACGCCGCCGGCAUCAGAGGAGAAGCCGCCGGAGGAGGAGAAGGUGGAGGAGAAGAAGUCAGACCCUGAAGCCAAGGAGAAUGAGAAAAAGGAAGCAGAGCCAAAAUCCGCGCAGGAGGAGUCCAAAGAAGAGGAGAAACCGCCGGAGACGACGGCUCCGCCAGUGCCACCGUCCCCAAAGCCGGCGGCGCCCACGGAAUCGGAGCACCCACCGAUCUCCCAACAAACAGCCGCACCAAUUCCCAAAAAAUCAAUAGUUACCGAAAGCUCAAAAUCCACCGCCGAAAUCGAAUCCCAGAUCUUCCGUAAAAUCACUGGCGGCGCUGCAGAUCGGAGGACCGCCUUCGACCUAGUGGACCAGAUGCCUUUUCUAUUCGUCCGCGUCGUGAAAGCCAAAAUCUCAAAUCCAGAUCUAGCAGAGCCCACCUUCUGCGCAAAGCUCAUAAUCGGCACCCAUAGCAUCAAAACCAGAUCUCAGCCAGCGAACAGCGAGUGGGACCAGGUAUUCGCUUUUGAUAAAGAAGGCUUGAAUUCAUCUUCUCUCGAAAUCUCCAUUAUAGCCGAAAAGAAAAUCCCAGAAAAAGAAACAACAGAGGAGACAUCCUUUGGCACGGUCUCGUUCGAUCUGCAGGAGGUCCCCAAACGCGUGCCGCCGGACAGCCCGCUGGCCCCACAGUGGUACAGCCUGGAGGGAGAAGGCUCGCCGGGAAAUGACGUCAUGCUGUCAGUUUGGGUCGGGACACAAGCCGACGAGGCCUUUCAGGAAGCCUGGCAAUCAGAUUCCGGCGGUUUGAUUCCAGAGACCCGAGCCAAAGUCUACCUUUCCCCGAAGCUGUGGUAUCUGAGGCUAACGGUCAUCCAAACCCAAGAUCUGCAACUUGUCUUAGGUCCCGAGCCUCGGUCUCCUCGGAACCUCCUGGAACUCUAUGUAAAAGCCCAGCUCGGCCCACAAGUCUUUAAAACAAGCCGCACUUGCAUCGGCUCCACCAAUCCCACAUGGAACGAGGAUUUGAUUUUCGUUGCCGCUGAGCCAUUCGAGCCGUUCCUGACCAUCACCGUGGAAGACGCAUCAAGCACGCGUCCCAUGGGGCACGCGAGGGUGCAGAUUGCUACGGUGGACAGGCGCACGGACGACAAAUCGGAGCCAAGAUCCACAUGGUACAACCUCACCGGAGAUGAUGACAAGGCCUACGCCGGGAGAAUACACGUGCGUGCCUGCCUUGAGGGCGGGUAUCACGUGCUCGACGAGGCAGCCCACGUGACUAGCGACGUGCGGCCCACGGCGAAGCACCUCUCCAAACCCCCGAUCGGCCUUCUAGAAGUCGGCAUUCGCGGCGCCUCCAAUCUUCUCCCCGUCAAAACCGCCGACGGGACCCGCGGCACCACCGACGCCUACGUGGUGGCCAAAUACGGGCCAAAGUGGGUCCGCACGCGCACCAUCCUCGAUCGGUUCAACCCGCGGUGGAACGAGCAGUACACUUUCGACGUGUACGACCCGUGCACCGUCCUCACUGUCGGCGUCUUCGACAACGGGAGUUACAACGGGAAGAAGGACGUAUGCCUCGGGAAGCUCAGGGUACGACUCUCCACCCUCGACACCAACCGCGUUUACGCCGGCACGUACUCUUUGACUACGCUCCUCCCCGGCGGCGCGCGGAGGAUGGGCGAGGUCGAGAUCGCGCUGAGGUUCUCGUGCUCGUCUUGGAUCGGUCUCGUGCAGGCGUACGCGAGCCCGACGCUACCGAGGAUGCACUACGUGAAGCCGAUGGGCCCCGCGCAGCAGGACGUCCUGAGGCACAACGCCAUGAGGAUCGUGACCGCAAGGCUGGCUCGGUCAGAGCCGGCCUUGGGUCACGAGGUGGUGCAGUACAUGCUUGACACGGACACGCACGUGUGGAGCAUGAGGCGGAGCAAGGCCAACUGGUUCAGGGUCGUUGGCUGCCUGUCUCGGGUGGCCGCCGUUGCUCGGUGGGUCGACGGGAUUCGGACGUGGGCCCACCCGCCGACUACUGUCUUGGUCCACGUUUUAUUGACAGCUGUCGUGCUCUUUCCGGACCUGUUUUUGCCAGCGGCAUUCUUGUAUGCAUUUCUGAUACUGGCGUUGAGGUUCCGGUGCCGGCGGCCAGCGCCGGUGGCGAUGGAUCCCGGGCUCUCAUGUGUGGAUGCGGUGGGCCCGGAUGAGUUGGAUGAGGAGUUUGAUGGGUUCCCCUCCGCGCGGCCGGCGGAACAAGUGAGGGUGAGGUAUGAUAGGCUGCGGGCGCUGGCGGGCCGGGCGCAAACGCUGCUGGGUGACGUGGCGGCGCAGGGGGAGAGGGUGGAGGCGCUGUUCAGCUGGCGGGACCCGCGGGCGACGGGGAUAUUCUUGGUGGUGUGCUUGGUGGCGGCGAUCGUGUUCUAUGUGGUGCCGUUGAAGGCGUUUGUGUUGGGGUCGGGGGUUUAUUACCUCCGACACCCGAGGUUCAGGGGGGACAUGCCGUCGGUGCCGAUGAAUUUCUUCCGGCGGCUGCCGCCGCAGUCCGAUCGGAUUCUCUGA